AACAACCGAGCAAGAGAGACAAACAACGAGGCAAGACAUUCCGAUUCAUUGGAGGCGCAUUUCAGUAUUCUUGUGUCGAUCAAUGAGUGUUGAAUUGAGCUCCCUCGAUUCUCGCAACUCCCAAUCGCCCAAUACACCAACUUCCAUUGAUAAUUUCCUUGAUUUCCCCCUCGCGUGAUCCACGGGAAAAAUUUCUGCAUUUUCCGGUGGACACUCUGGAAAAGCCCAGGCAGAGUGUGAGACAGAGAGAGAGAUAGUGAAUAUUAAAUUACACCACAAGAGUUGUGGAUGAUGUUGUAAGAGUUUUGUGGCGGUUUUUUAAAGAAAUGAAACUCUAAAAUCCAAUCGCGCGGGUUCAUUUGGACAGUGAGAAAAUUCCCUCGUGCAAAGAGCUCCAAGUGAGGAAAAAAGGGCGCUGAAAGAAUAUUUUGUACAAAAAAAAAAAGAAAAGAAAAACAGGAAAAAUUCUUACGACUCUCAACACUUUUCACAAUAUUCUUUCCCAAAAGAGACAAGAAAAGCCAAGAGAGAAAAAUGGAUGUGUUAGCACAUAAGUGAAGAAGUAGAAAAAGAGUGAAUAAACAAACAAGAGUUCCAGAAGCAAUUUUAAGUUGUUUGCAUUGAAAUCGAACGUUGUAAUAUGUUAUAUCACAUAUAGGAGAGUGGAGGAGAAAAAAAAGCCACAGCAAAAAGCACGACAGAAAAGUCGAAGGAGAGAGAUUCAAAAGCACUUUGGACUAGUUCAGUUCAAUUUUCAAAUAGUACAUAUAGAGCUUUUUUCCUCAAGUCCAAAAUUGAACUCCUCAGGAGACCGCAGUAAAUCCCAUUUUAAAGUUUUCUAAAGCCCCAAAGGAUAUAAACAACAAGAACAAGAAAAAAAAAUAAGGAAAAAGAGGAGGAAAAAUGUACUUACAAAUUGCCGGAACGGGAUUUGUGGUAAUUUGCCUGAUUCACCUACUCGAGACAGUUCAUCUUCCGCUGGAGGUGCUCGAAGUGGAGGAUCUCGUGAAGCAUCAAAGAUUGGAUCUUGCCAUCGAGUACAACAGCAGCGACAGCGGAUCGACUGCAAGAGAAAAUCAACCUUCAGAUACCAUCAACAAGCCACGAGUCUUAUAUCAAGUCGGGUCGUCGGAGAGCGAUCUUCCCGUUUGUGUGCCAAAUGCCGUUUGUUCGAAGAUUGAUCUCUACGAGACACCCUGGAUUGAGCGUCAGUGUCGCUGUCCAAACACCAUCAACUACCCCAGUCAACACAUCAGCUACCAGCAUGGGGAUCUGCUGGAGAAGAUCCUGCGGAAGAUCAGCAAUAAUCCCACGAUUGACAAGAAAGUCACAAGGGAGAUGCUGAGGCGACUCGGAGCUGUCUAUCAUGUGGAUGACAUUGUCCUGAGUGGUGUAGAUGAGCCAGAACACUAUUACUAUCGCAGCAAAGGCCUGGCUCAUAAACAGAGGGAUUUUGUGAGUCAUCUAACAGCCACGGCGACUGAUCUGCACGAGAGCAAGAGACUUCGGCAUGCAUCCCAUCGGGAUUUUGCCACAAUUGGCGGAUGCUCGAGCGCCAUUGGCAGUGACGAUGGUCACACAAUUGUAGACAAAACCAGGCACUACAAACUCUGCAGUCCCAUUCAUAAAUUGCCAGUCUGCCGAUACUUUAAGGACUACACUUGGACACUUAAAUCCACCUCAGGAGUCAAUUCAACACAACAAAUCGUGCACUGUAGAUGCCCCAAAAAUUCCGUAACUUAUCUCAUCAAACGAGAGCCUCUAAGUCAAAAGGAUGGACAAGGAUAUGUGUACUUCUUUGCCUGUUCUCCUCAGAGUCGUUUGAGAUGCCAGAGAAAAGAGCCAUGCAAAUUGUUCACAGUACGAAAGAGACGAGAAUUUCUCGAUGAAGUCAAUACGAAUCCCCUUUGUCAAUGUCCUCACAAUCAUCGCUGUCCUCGACAUCAUACAGAUGUGGGAGUUAUUGUUGGCAAAUCCUACGCCCAGGACAAUAUUAGAACUUAUUCGGGGUAUUGUAUGGCUGAGGAUUUGGAAAAGUAGAAACGAAUAAUUGAUUUUUCCCCAAAAUGGACGACUUUGAUGUACAAUGCGACAAAUACUUAGAAUUACGAGCUAAUUAACCAACUAAUAUGUAUAUUUUCUUUAUCAUGAGAAUGCCUACAAAGUGUAUUUAUUAAUAAUUUAUUUCACUGAGAAACAUUCGCAAAAAUAAGAACGAAAAAAAAAACGAUGACCUCCCUUUUAUAUUAAGAAGAUAAAUCUAAUAGCUUUAAUUCUGAUUGAUUCAAAAAAUUUUAGUAUCUUUUAGUACGUACAUUUAUAACUUUUAUUUUCUUUCCCAUAAAUUAUUGCUAAAGUAGUGAGAAAAAUUGUUCUAUAUAGUGUCUCCCCUUCCAAAUAAAUAAGACCGGAAAUUGAAGGGAACUCUCCCCUUCCUCCAACAUUUAUACUUCAACAUUAUUGUACCUGAAUGUAUAAAAAAAAAAUGAAAAGUAAGAAGUGUUAUCUAGUUAGAUUUUUUUUUCUUUAAGAAUAUUGCUCUUUCAUAGGCGAUAAGAUAUCGAUGGAUGGAUACCUUAAAAUACAUGUAUUUUAUACGCAGAUAAAAAAAAAACGGUAUGUAUAUAAAAGUUGUUGUGUACUCUUUUCGUUAAAAGGAAAAAAAACAUACUUGAAUAAAUAAUUCAUUCACUGGA